GGACUUUUUCAACUGACGUAGAAGGCUGCUAGAAAAGUUGUCGUCAGUCGACCCUCCCAAUAACAGGUGGCAGAGGGAACAAUUCUGGUUCCAGUUCCAAUCAUGACAAUUGUGCCUGGCGAAGUGCAGUGAUUGUGAGACUAGAAUUGAACACAUAUGCCAAUGCUGGACUUGCUCCCAGAUUUCACAAUGUCAUCUUAAGUGUGUUUUAAUACUGUUUCUUUCUUAACCAUGACCGAUCCAUUCAAGAGUCCGAUCAACUGCAAAUCCGUCUGUCCCAGGCUCAUUGAUUACUUGUGCAUCGUGGGCUCCAGGAACUACGUUGGGAUCAAUUCGAGUCACGCGGCCUCGGUGCAAACCCCGGAACUUUUGAGGCGUUAUCCACCUUCCGAUCACAAGGAUUUCCCGUUGCCUCUUAACAUGGUGAGCUUCUGUCAACCCGAAGGUUGCGUGUCAGUGGGUCCAAAGAAAAGUGGCAUCCGCGACACAACCUCGUUUCUGUUCAUCCUGACGGACAAGGAUUCGGGUAUGACUCGUUAUGGUACGUGUUUGAACUUCUAUCGUCCAGUGGAAUUGGACCAAAGCUCUUCGGAUGAGAGGGAAUUAUCCUACACUGAUCCCACGCCUCAUGGACAGCUGAAAGGAGACAAAAGUUCAGACUCAGCGUUCUCAAGUGAUUAUCGGAGUAGUGUCAGUCAAGUGCCACACAGUGACUCGGAUCGGGACACGCCUCCAUCCUCGCUGAUGGGAACGGUGAGCUGUCCCGCUACUAAUGGGUUUGCCACCAAAGGCGGUCCAUCCAAGAGGCGUCAACGUCAGAGGGAACGCAAAGUGGACCCACUUUCAGAAGAGGAGGACGAUUUUGCCACCGGAUCUUCGCAUAACAACGGCAAAAUUGGCCGACGGAGAAAAGAGCCCUCUAGGAUCUUCAGUCUGACGUCACUUUGUUUCUUGUCUCAUCAUCCUUUUGCCUCGAAUUUCCGCCAUUGCCUCAUGGUGCUUCGACAAAUGAUCGAAAUGUGUGAGGCAGCCUGUUCCCCCAAACGCGUUGGUGGGUCCACAAGUGGGGCCUCCACAAGGGCCCACUCCAACCGACCAAAGAGGAGAUCCACAUUAUGGUCGUAUUUGAUUGGUCCUCCCGAGGACUUCCAAAAGCAUCCGCCAUCCUCUUUGUUGCUGCACGACAUUCGUGAAAUCGAAACCUGGAUUCUCCGAUUGCUCUCAGCUCCGGUCCCUGUUCCAGGUCGAACCCGUGUGGAGCUAGAAAUCGUUCCGAGGCGAGACCGUGAUCCAGGUGGAGGUGGUGGAGGUGGAGGAGGAGUGGUGGCCUCUAAUGAAUCGCUCCCGAUGAUCUUUGCUCUACCGGAUCAUACCAGAUUUUCCCUCUGUGAUUUCCCUUUACAUCUUCCAUUAGAGCUCUUGGGUGUAGAAACGUGCCUCACGGUGAUCACCUUGAUUCUACUGGAAAAGAAGAUUGUGAUACAGAGUCGAGAUUAUUCGGCAUUGACCAUUUCCAUCCUCUCCUUGACACAACUCCUCUAUCCUUUGGAGUACAUGUUUCCCAUCAUCCCACUUCUUCCAAUCUCGAUGAGUGGAUCCGAACAACUCCUCCUGGCGCCCACCCCCUACAUUAUUGGUCUUCCCACGUCAUUUCUGGCCUGUAAACGGAACAUGAAGCUCCCCGAAGAAAUCUGGUUGGUCGACCUGGAUGCCGCCACCAUUGUUCCACCCAAUGGAACCUCCAUCUGUGAUAUUCCCACUUUUCCAGAGCCGGAAGCGAAAGCUCUCAAAACCCAUUUGAAGCAGGCUUUGGCAAGUAUGUCCAUCCAACCCAUCAAGAACUUUGACGAUAUGCCAUUGGAGAGUCUGAAGCGUUUAACAGCCGACAAAGAUGUGUUUGCUUCGCCUCCUGUGUGCGGAUAUAAUCCAUUCAUUUACGGCAACGAUGUGGAUUCCGUCGAUGUGGCCACUCGGAUUGCGAUGAUCCGUUUCUUCUACUCUGGCAAUAUGCUAGCCCAUUUUUCCGAGCACACACGGACCUUGCGACUGUAUCCAAGACCAAUUGUGGCCUUCCAAGUCAGCUCAUUCCUGAAAUCUCGCACAAAGUUGUCGCCUUUCAUCACCCAAUUCUCACAGAGUCAGGCCAUUGAGUGCUUUGCUGAGUGGAUGUUGAUGCCCACCAAUGUGGCCUUCCAACGAGUCAAUCAAGGGAUUUUCGACCCAAAAAUGAUUGGAGAUAAACCCAAAUGGUUUGCUCAUGAUCUGGAACAAGUGCGAUUUGUUGUGUGGGAUGACCAAAGUAGUUUAACCUCCCUGCUGUUAAAUGGAGUUUCAAACUCUGGGGAUGACAAGGAACCCGCCACUGAUGAGAGCGGGUGUGAUUCAGAGGACAUUUCCACCAGUUCCUCGUGUUCCUCGCUCUCGGAUCUCGUAACCGAGUUGAUGAGCGAGGAAAACAAUGAGAAGCGUAACUCCAUCGAAUACCAACAGAGAGCGUUGCUGUCCGGACAGCAUGGCCGUAAAGGCUUGAUCUUGUCCAGUGGGCUCGAUAUCUCUUUAGUCUAUCAUCCGCCCGAUCGGUUACAGAUCCCCAGCCAUCCAUCUACCUCAGAAUGUAAUGUGCCAGAUCCCAGUAAGGGACCGGAUAAUUUGUCUUUGGUGGGAGGAAAAUCGCCAGCUUCUCACAUGGAUCCUUCUUGUCGUGCCGACGAGGAGGACUCAUCUCUUAGUGAGACGGACCAGAGCAUUGCCAGGGAACAGCUUGCCAAUUUGGUGCCGACAAAAAGCGAGGAGCACGAUGAUGUGUUCUCAUCCGAAUCUGAGAACUCGGUUUCCAUGGCCACAACCAAAACCAUGUGCAACAAACUGCCAUCCAAUACCUCCAUCUCCACCCUGUAUGGAGUGGGGAACAUAAGUCAGGGUAACGGGAAUGGAACUUUACCCGGUUCAAAUCAAUCUUGCGGAAUCACCUCUUCCUCACCCAGUUUUGGGUCCAAUCUAUCGUUGGCAAGUUCCUUGUGCUCAGAUCUUGGAACAAGUACAACUGAAUCAAACACUCCAAGGACAAAACCGGCUGUAGUUGUUCAGACCAAAACGGGUCCAACAGUUCUUCCCAAACAAGGCUCAACCUCAAGUAAUGAGUCCCAAAAAUCCAUUGACCACAUCUCACCCACGGAUGACGUGGCUCAAGAGCUCUUUAACAGCAUUGAGCAAUUCACUUUGCAAGCGAAACAAGCCGCCGAGACUUUUGAGUUCUCGAAAAUUACCACCGCUGGAAAAUCGGCUGCAAUGGCCGCAGGAGUUAAGAAAGACGCUCUCCAAGAUUUCCAUCAAGUUAGCAAGAGCGCCAUGAACGACCUUUCCAAAAGCGUGAACAAAAAGAAGGAUCUAUUCAAGGCUUUAGGCGAGUCUAUGUCUGGAACAACGGAUCCUGAAACUGAAGAUGACUCCGAAACUGCGGCAGCUCCACGCAAGUCCUUUUCCCUGAUGAGAAGGUCAAGUCGAGAACUGAUGAAGUCAAUUGGAAGGGAUCUAAUUGGUUCAGGGUCAGCGGAUCCAGUGUCAGAAACGCAACCAACAUCGUCUCCCCAUGAAGCUACUACUUCUAGUGCACAUCGAGUGGGCACGCCUGUUCCAAAAUCACAUCCAGGAGGCAGUUCCAUUUGGCGAUUCAAUCAUAAUUCAAUCAGUCUCACUCAAGCCAUUGCUAAUCGAACCUCUCCCAGGCCAUCAGUGAGUGGAGAAGUGUCUCCAUCAGAGGACACUAAACAUCGGGGCAUCGCAAAGCCAACGGAAGUCAAGAAUGGUUCAGCUAAAAAGUCUUUGCCUAAGGUCCCACCUAGACCUCGGUCCAUGCAAAGGGCCCUGAGCCGUGAUCCCCCUCCAGUUCCACCACGUCCUAAAAGUGAAGAGCGAGCAAAAGUAGAUGCCGCCAUUGAGGAAAUAAGGUCGCGAAGAGGACCCCGACCAAGGCUGAGAGUGGCUGUCGAUCAACCUUUACCCAGUCACCCAACAGGAUCAUCUGCCGGUAAUACCCCUGUUCCUACUACAGCCGUCUUCCUUGAGUCUGAGGCAUGGGCGGCCCGUCAUAAAAGGCCAAGUCCUUCCGCAACCUCAAAAGAAGCCACCACGCCCACCAAGACCAGCAAUGGCACUCCUCCUCUGAUGCAAAAGGCCCCAUCCUCGCCUCCACCUCCGCCUUCCUCGCCCAAAUUGAAACGAUUAGCUUCACAUUCGUCUUCCAUUUCGACUCCGUCGAUGGUUUCAAGCAAUCUUCCUGCAGCUGAAGCUGUCGUACCCUCCACUCCAGUGUUGACAGCCCAGAAUGGUUCCGGUCAAUACUGUGGAGUUGAUGUGAUUCCGCCCGCAGAUGUUCAUACCAUACAGCCGAUUUUACCGCCAAGCAAACCUGGCUUGAUUCGUUCCAACUCCACCCUUUCAACAACCUCCAAUGUUUCACAGACCACACAAGAGUUUCUGAUGUCUUUAGGGUCGGAUCUGAGUGGUUUGGCCUCCACCACAUCCACUCUCUUUGGAGACCUCUUUGGGCCUUGUUCUAGUCCUCACAUUGUUCCAAGGUCGGGUGUAGAACCUGACUUUGUUCCACAGCAAAGGCGACACACAAUUCACCUAUCAGGUUACGUGCCUAAAUUGGAGUGUCUUUCUGAAGGAGAGGAAAGUGGAGACAGCCAAGAAGUGUGUCAAGGCAAUAUUGAAUCUGGUCCCUUGUCAUAUCCCUUGGGUACGAGACCAUCCUCACCUUCCCCGAGUCUUUCAUCUGAACCUCCUUCGGCGUAUUCCUCAUUGAAAGUGCCUGGAAAUGGAUCUUCUCGAGGUCCAUUUCCAAGAGGCCGUCGCGGUCUCGCUGAAAGGUCAAGUCUUAUUCGACAUCCCAGUUCCAAACAGAAACAGGAGGACAUCUCGCGAUAUCAAGAGCAAUUCAGCGAUUUUCAGCGGAAUCCAACAAUCACGCCAGAUAAUCACAGCUUCAUCAAAGAUAUUGUGGAUCAGGUCUUUCAAGGGGAUGGGAUCAGUUGGCUCAAACACAACCGGUUGCGAAAGCUCAUGGAAGAUGAAAGUCAUCGGAUGCUGGCCAUAUCCAAGCUGAACAGAGCUCUAGAUGGAAGGUCAGGCCCGGAUGAUCACAUGACUGAUGUGUGCGUUGAUCGGGCAGUUUGGAAAGGGCUCUUGAAGAUCGUGCUAGCCAUUGUUCACGGUCUUGAAGUGUCAGUGUCCAAUUCAUCAGUGGGAGGCCUAACAUCGGCCUUUCACGUGUUAGCUAUUGCCCAUACCCAUUACUGGGCAAGAGAUCCCUCAAUGGAAUCUUCAACCAGUGUGUCUUCGGGGCUCAGAGCCAGCUCUUUGACCUCAACUCCAUGUGGCAGUCGGGAUAAUUUGCAUAAAAUUGCCUCCGGUCCAACGAUUGGUGUUGGUCCUCUACCUCUACUGCAGAAGCGAUCCUCUCAAAUGGAGCUAGGGACAUGCAAGCUGAUACAUGACAACUUGAAUAGCCCUAGUGGUAGCAGUCAGAACAGUGGCGAAUCCGAUAGUAUAUCUGGUCAAUCAGAUCUCUUGAAAUUUGCCAAGCGAAACCCUUUGUCAAUUCGAGGCCAAAGUAUCGAGUCAUCUACCUCUUACCCUGAAGAAACCGAAAGUGACUCGCAAAGCAUGACUUGUAGCGAAACGGGAUCGUUCAUGGUUAACCCUGCCUUUCGGUGCGUUACAAAAAGUGGCCAUCAUGCGGAUAUCAGGAGCGUGGUCUCCGAUAGUGAGAUCGAUCCCAACCAUUUUCCGCCAAUCAAUAUCAAAGGCAAUGGAGUCUCACCAGAUAUUGGAGUGCUACUACGCAAGUCUUCACUGAGCUCUGGAUUCCGAUUCCAUGGAGGGGCACUUUACACCACAGUUGAACCGUCGGCUAGAGAAUCCGGGAAGAUUUUCAUAUUUGAAGGCAUCCUUCAAUCCCAACGAGGCUCAGCCAGACGAGGAAGCCUAAGUUUGGGCGGAGGCAGCUACAUCUGGGACUGCGAUCAAUUUUGGGAGGACAUGUUUUGUGAUUCGGUGGCCCACGAACGAGACGUUGUUGGUAUGGAUACUGGAGCCGGGGAAAUGAUGGAGCGUUAUCGAAAUUUGUCAGGAACAGAGCGCAAGCGUUUGGAGCAAGAUGAGGAUCGAUUGCUGUCAACUAUGCUUUACAACAUGGUAGCAUACAUGGUGAUGAUGAGUAUUGAGAAGAAAGAUAUCAAGAAAAAAGCCAGGAGGUUGCUGGGAAAGAGUCACAUUGGUCUGAUCCAUAGCCAAGAGAUCAACCAACUUUUGGAUCAAAUACAAAACCUGACUGGAAACGACAUCGAUCUGAAACCUCUUCCGUCCCGCCAAAUGAACCGUCAAACUUUCUCUGUCCAUUUGGGAACGGACGUGAGCGGGGAUCUCCAAUUCUUAGAGGUCAGAGAAGAUGGCCUAGUUCUCAGGACUAUCAAUGGAGCCAUCAGUGACAGGUGGUUCUUUGAGCGCUUAGUCAAUAUGACCUACAGCCCAAGAACAAAGGUCAUCUGCUUGUGGCGACGAUCCGGAGGUCAAACCCAAUUGCACAAGUUCCACACUAAAAAGUGCAAGGUUCUUUACUAUUGUAUCAAAGAGGCCAUGGAAAGAGCGGCAGCCAAAGGGACGGGGAUGAGCGGCUUGAACAUGGAGCUCGGGGGAGAAUUCCCUGUAGAGGACCUCAACACUGGUGAGGGAGGUCUAUUACAAGUCUGUAUGGAAGGAAUUGGACUUCUUUUCGCCACAACUAAGUUCUUUGUGCGAUUGGACCACAUUCGGAAGUGCUUUACCCAAAAAGGGGGCGUAUUCGUUCUGGAGGAGUUCAAUCCCAAAAACCGCCAAGUUAUUCAGCGGCGGUACAACUCUUCAAUGGCGGAUCAAAUUUGCUAUUCGGUUUUGUGUGUCUUCUCCUAUGUGGCAGCUGGUCAAAAGCAACAAAAACGACCUUCAUCCGUCUCCUCGACAACGUCCACAAUUCGAUCGCGUGUCUCUUCUGUGCGCAAGAUGUAAUUCGACAUGAAUCCUAAUAUUAUCCAGAAAUACGAUGCAAAACCUAAUGGAACAAUCAUCAUUGCUACUUCAUAUCAAAAUGAAUUAUCAUCCUUUAUGAUCAUAUCAUGUUCAAAGGAAAUUUAUCCCUUCCAGUUUGACACAUAUACAUCAAAGUAUUUAUUGACCGUUAAUCUUUUCAUAAGUUCUUAAAAUAAAUUCUGAGCCAUAUUUCCGCUCUAUGAGCUACA